AAGCGAGAGCUCGAGACAGGAAGGACUGCUGAGCACUGAAUGCUAACAAGGGGGAGAGAGAGUACAUGUCCACGGCGAGCGGAAAGGUGGGGGGUUCAACAGCGAGAUAUGGAGAAAUACAAUUAACCUGCAAUGUGCCAACGCCAAACUCACGCCGAUCAUAACCAUCCUCACCACCGAUCAUCAUCACCAUCAUCAUCCUCACCCUCAUCACCACCACCAGCGGCAACGGCGCGUCCGACCUCGUCUUUUUUCUCCUAAGAAGUGAAAUGUAUCGGGACUGCAUGGGAUCUUUCUUCUGACAAUGGAGAUUGAGAAUAUCGUGGCCAACACCGUGCUGCUGAAGGCGAGGGAAGGAGGCGGAGGGAAGCGUAAUGGACGGAGCAAGAAAUGGAAGGAGAUGCUGAAACUGCCUCACAUCAGUCAGUGUGAGGAACUGAGACGCACAAUUGAGAGGGAUUAUACAAGCCUUUGUGAAAAGCAGCCCAUUGGACGUCAGUUGUUUCGUCAAUUCUGUGACACUCAGCCCAAAUUACGGCGCUGCAUAGAGUUCCUGGAUGCUGUGGCAAUGUAUCAGGUGGCUCCGGACGAGAAGAGGAGAGACGCCGGUUUAAAUAUUUUAGACACAUAUUUUAAUAACGGGUCGGCCGCUCAUCUACCAGAGAUCGCUCAGGAUGUGGUCGGGGAAUGCAGGCAGAAACUGGAACAGAGUCCAUGUAAAGAGCUGUUCCAGGAGUGUACCAGGAUAGUUCGUGAAUAUUUAAGUGGAGCUCCAUUCUCAGCUUAUCAGGAGACUAUGUACUUUUCCCGUUUUCUUCAGUGGAAGUGGUUGGAGAGGCAACCAGUAACCAAAAACACAUUCAGACAUUACAGGGUAUUGGGCAAGGGCGGAUUUGGUGAGGUUUGUGCCUGCCAGGUUCGUGCCACUGGUAAGAUGUACGCCUGUAAAAAGCUGGAGAAGAAACGUGUGAAGAAAAGAAAAGGUGAAGCAAUGGCAUUAAAUGAAAAACGCAUUUUAGAAAAAGUUAACAGUAGUUUUGUAGUUAGUUUGGCAUAUGCGUAUGAGACUAAGGACGCUCUAUGUUUGGUGUUGACCAUAAUGAACGGUGGUGACCUGAAGUUUCAUAUCUAUAACAUGGGAAACUCAGGUUUCGAUGAGCAGCGGGCCAUCUUUUACGCAGCGGAGAUCUGUUGUGGAUUAGAGGAUCUGCAUCGAGAACGGAUCGUCUACAGAGACUUGAAACCAGAAAAUAUUCUGCUAGAUGACCGUGGGCACAUCCGUAUUUCUGAUCUGGGACUGGCAGUGCAAAUUCCAGAGGGCGAGACGAUACGAGGGCGUGUUGGCACAGUGGGGUACAUGGCCCCAGAGGUCAUCCAGAAUGAGAGCUACACCUUCAGUCCUGACUGGUGGGGUUUGGGUUGUCUAAUAUACGAAAUGAUUCAGGGUCAGUCUCCUUUCCGUCGCCGUAAAGAGCGAGUGAAGAGAGAGGAAGUGGACCGGCGAGUUUGUGAGGACCAGGAGGAAUAUACUGAGAAGUUCGCAGAAGACGCUAAAGACAUCUGCCGUCAGUUGUUAUGUAAAGAUCCAAAGGAGCGCUUGGGCUGUAGGGGCAGUGCAGCGGCUGAAGUCAAAAUGCAUCCCAUUUUCCGCAACAUCAACUUCAAGCGGCUGGAGGCCAACAUGCUGGACCCGCCGUUCUGUCCAGACCCAAGAGCAGUUUACUGUAAGGACGUCCUGGACAUAGAGCAGUUUUCGACAGUCAAAGGUGUAAACCUGGACCCGACAGAUGACGAUUUCUACCACAAGUUUGUAACAGGGAGUGUCUCCAUCCCAUGGCAAAAUGAGAUGAUUGAGAUGGAGUGUUUUAAGGAGAUUAACGUGUUCGAGAUGGACGGAGUGCUGUGUGCUGAUCUGGAUGUGAACAGACCCAAUCCAGCACCGAAGCGAGGAUUCUUCUACCGUUUAUUUCACCGAGAGGCAAGUGGUAGUGCAUCGCCCGCCGUGCUCAGAGGGGGAGGGGCUUGAGGUUUGUUUUGGGAGUGCCAACAGUGAGGAGGAGGAGAAAGAGGAGAAGGAGGAGGAGCCAUCUUGACUUAAAACCACUCCCACUUCCCAUCAGCUGCCAAUCAGAAUGCUAAACGUAUGAAUGUUCAACUGUAUUUAUGAACUGUAUCAAACUGUAUCAUAAUUAAAGAAAAGGGUAUGAGUUUAAAGAAUUUUGUACAUUUGUACUUGAAUUAUGUGUAGAUGUAUAUUUUCACUAAAGGUUGUAUUGUACAAAAAGCCAUAGAAAUACCACUUGAAUGCAUAUAUAAUGUUUUUAUUGUUAUUAUUUUUCAUCUGUACUGAAUAUGAAAUGUGUAUUUCUUUUUAAGCACAAUAUAAACACUCACCUUUUGUUUCGAAUGCUAACGCUCUGUUAGCACUGCCUUUGUUUGUAUUUUAACUUAGAUCGUUUGGCUGGACAGAUCCGCCGCGCUUCUUUUGUACAGCAGGGUAAGAUCAAUCACACAUAAAGAGAGAGCAGUACAAAUGAUCUAUUCAUAUCAUAACAUUUAUAGUGGUCAACCAGAAUGCUAAUAUCAAAAGCAGGGGUGGCUGAUGGCCAAAUAAAAACAAAAAAACAAACUGUAUAUAGCCUAGAUAUAUAAAAACGAGGUUCAAAAGUCUGAGAAUACCUAGUAAAAUGCUUCAGAAUAGUUAUUCUGAAAAAUCUGGACUGAACAAUGAAUUGCGUGCAAUAAUAACACUUUUGUUAAGCAAUAUGUGGCUAAUUUUGAGAUUCGAAUAGUUUAAUAUUAGCAUAAUGUUGAUCUAUUAAAACAUUAAUGACAAUUUGACAGCUGCACUCCUCCCCUCAAUUGUUGUCAAAUUUGACAUAUGUUUUUUUUCAACCCAGGCUCAUCCUGAAAACAUACCCCUAUAUACAUUUCUGGAGAGUGCCAAAUACGUCCCAGGAGCUACUUUUUUGCGGUUUUUGUUUUUGCGAAUCCACUAUUGGCCUCUUUGUAAGCUUUUUCAGAUCUCAAAUUUCUCUCGCGAGUGCCAUUCAUGCCUGCUGUUCUCACGUAAAUCCACCAGAGGCCGCUGUCGACAGAAUAACUGAUCGACUGACCCACCCUCCUUCUUCCCUAAACUCAACCAAUAGUGUUUUAAAAAAGCACCGAUUGACCCGCCCACCUCCUUACCUAAACCCAACCCACAGUUUUAAAAAGUAAUCCAGAAAAAUAAAAGCCCUCGACUGAUUUUUACCACAUUUUCAGAUUUUACCACAUUCUCACCCUGUUAUUUACUUGUUUAUUUUAUUUUUCGGCUUACCUGCUUUCUGGAACCAUUCGAACCCCGUCGUUGUGGUCAAGUCCGCCGACGUACAUGGCAAGCUUCUGGACACACUGGUAACAGCAGAAAAGCUGUUCACAUGAAGGUAAUCGGUCUGCUGGUAAGCGCGAAAAGGAAUAGCUUCAUACCGCCCCGUAGCGUUCAUUUUAAAGACAAAAUGCAUCUAUAAGUACCUCUGGCUACAUAAUUCGCAAUCUUCAGAAAUGUAUAUAGAGGUACGUUUUCAGGAUGAGCCUAUGUUGUUUUUCUUUGUUUUUAAAAUGUUUAUUUUUAGGGUUAAAUUGAAUAAAUAACUCCAGAUUUUCAGUGUGUCCUCAGACUUCUGAACCCCACUGUGUGUUGACCUCAUUGACAAGCUGUCUGGAUUUUGUACAAAAGGAAAGUGUUCAUACAUAUGUUAAUGAUAAUGGGUGUGCCAAUAGCUAGUGCCAAUAACCUCCGAAUGACCAAAUAUCAGAUGAUUAAUAAGUCCAAUCCAAUGACUAAUAACAAUGUGCAUCAUUUGGGUUGUGGAAGUAUAAACAUCAUUCAUUUUCUCCAUAGGGAAAUAGAUUUUUUUAAACUGAUAACUGCAGUUUUGUUGUGAGCUGUGAGGUUCUUAAUUGAUUGUAUAUGGUGUUGCUGAACUUGUCUAUUCACAUUAAAUAACUUUUUUUAUUUCAACAGUCAUUUUGGAUUGUAGAAUUUGGCCAUAACAACUACAUUACCCAUGAUGCUGUGCAGAAAACCAACCAAUCAGACAGUUUCAGUGUUUUUGAUUGUAGAAUUUGGCCAUAACAACUACAUUACCCAUGAUGCUGUGCAGAAAACCCAUCAAUCAGACAGUUGCAGCUAACAAAGCAACUUCACAUUAAAUCACUUUAUUAUUUCAGCAGUCAUUUUGGAUUGUAAAAUUUGGCCAUAACAACUAUAUUACCCAUGAUGCUGUGCAGAAAACCCACCAAUCAGACAGUUGCAGCUAACAAAGCAACUUCACAUUAAAUCACUUUUUUAUUUCAACAGUCAUUUUGGAUUGUAGAAUUUGGCCAUAACAACUACAUUACCCAUGAUGCUGUGCAGAAAACCAACCAAUCAGACAGUUGCAGCAAUUUUGAUUGUAAAAUUUGGCCAUAACAACCACAUUACCCAUGAUGCUGUGCAGAAAACCUACCAAUCAGACAGUUGCAGCGUAUUUGAUUUUAGAAUUGGGCCAUAACAACUACAUUACCCAUGAUGCUGUGCAGAAAACCCACCAAUCAGACAGUUGCAACGUAUUUGAUUGUAAAAUUUGGCCAUAACAACUACAUUACCCAUGAUGCUGUGCAGAAAAUCCACCAAUCAGACAGUUGCAGCGUAUUUGAUUGUAAAAUUUGGCCAUAACAACUACAUUACCCAUGAUGCUGUGCAGAAAACCCACCAAUCAGACAGCUGCAGCUAACAAAGCACGUCAAGAGAUCUCAAAAUAUUUUGCAAUAAACUUAAAAUCUGGAAAAAACAAACACGUUUAACAGAAUAAUUUCAUAUUCCUUAAUUGUUUUAAUCCGAUUAUGUUAUUUGCAAUGCUUUAUGGGAUUGUAGUUCUUUUUCUCGUUAAACCUGUUCAGUAUGUCUUGUACUUCUCAGAUUUGUAAGGUUAGGAUUCACCUCAAAUGGUUAGACAGUUUUAUUACUUAAAAAAAUUAUAUAUUUUAAAUCCCUAUGGUAAAAUGAAAGAGCAAAUACUUUCAGAAAAGGUGGACGUCAGUACUAUGAAAUUGUUCUUUUAUUGAAUCCAUGCAGCUUUAACGAAAUGCAUGAAAGCAGUAAUCUGUGCAUCGGGUGACAUAUCCCUGUAUUGGUUGGGCAUUAACAAGACACAUAUGUAUGUUAAUUACUGUCACCGUAGCUUUCAGAUGCAUCAACGACAGGGAAUCCGGCAUGUUGUGCAACGAUAGACUAAUAUGAGUUUUUUUUUCAGUGGCAGAUAAUCGAUAUCUAGUAUCUAGUAAUAUGGACAUAUACGUAAAUAAGUGACUGAAUGAUGGCAUAUUACACUAUAUUUACUCGAAACCCACAUACGAUUAAAAAUAUAAAAUGUUUACUAUCCUUUAACAUGGCUGUUGUUCGAUUUUUGGAGUUGAUACAAGGAAAUGUUAAUUACUCUAGCUAUGCGUCAGUAGUUUUUGGGCCGCUAAUCUGAAAAGAUUUAUUUUUUCUGUUUUGUUUGCUAAUAUCCACUCUCAUGGUUACCUUUAGUGCCAUCAGGAAUCUUUAAACCAACGAAAUAAGCUUCAUCUUUGAAUUUGCUCUUGAACGAGCUGUCGAUUUUGCCUUAGGUGUCAUGUGUUUGGUCGAUAUCCAAAACGGAGUAUUGAUCGAUCCGUUAACGAUAAUCAUAUGAUGUAAUUAAUGACUGUGCAGUUUGUUCGUUAUACACAUGCACAUUUUACGUUUUGCUUUGUAUGUAUUUGUAUGGCAUAUUUUAAUCGCAAUGAAGGCUUCCAUUCAGUGAUGGGAAUUAGCAGCUCGAUCUUACGAGAAACUAUUUUACAUGUUGUCAGAAAAGUGGCUAACUCGUGCAAAUUUGUACGAUUUCAUUUGCAUGAAAACGUAAGAUUUUUUUAAAAGUAGGAGUGGCCCCAGACCCCACCCAUAACCAUACCCCUCAUUGGGUGGAUUAGCAAACCUUAUUAAAUUGUACGAAUGAGAUCGUACAAAUUAGUAUGAAUUAGCCACUACAUCAAAAAGUUACGAAUUGAGAAUUGCGUUGGAAUUAGUCUCAAAUGUAUCAUUCGUAAAUUGCGUUAUAUUGCAUUUGAUUUAAAUGAAGAAAGUGGAAAUUAGUUUUGCUUCCAUUCAGUGGUGGGAAUUAGCUGCUCGACCUCACGAGGAACUAUUUUACGUGUCAGAAAAGUGGCUAAUUUGUAAAAAUGCAUACUAUUUCAUUUGUAUAAAAAUGUAAGAUUUUUAAAAAGUAGGAGUGGGCCCCAAACCCCACCCCUAACCCUACCCGUCAUUGGGUGGAAUUAUUGAACCUUAUCAAAAUGUACAAAUUAGAUCGUAUAAUUAAAACGAAUUAGCCAGUACAUCAAAAAGUUAAAUAUUGAAAAAUGAGUUGGAAUUAGUCUCAAAUGUAUCAUUCGUAAAAUUGCGUAAUCUUACAUUUUAUUUAAAUAUAGAAAGUGGAAGUUUUGCUUCCAUUCAGUGGUGGGAAUUAGCAGCUCGAUCUCACGAAGAACUAUUUUACAUGUCAGAAAAGUGGCUAAUUCGUACAAAUGCAAACGAUUUCAUUUGUAUAAAAACGUACGAUUUUUAAAAAGUAGGAGUGGCCCCAUACCCCACCUCUAACCCUACCUGUCAGUGGGUGGAAUUAUCAAAUCUUAUUAAAAUGUACGAAUUAGAUCAUACAAUUAAUAUGAAUUAGCCAGUACAUCAAAAAGUUACGAAUUGAGAAUUGCGUCGGAAUUAGCCUCAGAUGUAUAAUUCGUAAAUUGCGUAAUAUUACAUUUGAUUUAAAUGGAGAAAGCGGAGAUUAGUUUUGGUCUAAAAAAUGCUUUUGUCUUUUGAAAUCAGAAUCCCAACCAAUGGCGUGAGUUGGGGGCGGGGCUACGACAUGCUUUAGCACUGACAGUAAAGCUGAAAUAGGAACCAUUAUUUUACCUCCAUCACCCAUUUCUCUCUUUAUGAGGAUCUUUAUGGUCCCGUUUGCAAAGCUGUGAACUGAAAAACUCCUCUUCUGUUAUUGCCAAAUGUGUGCAUGUUCUACUGUAUCCAUGGUUUUACAAGAGGAUGAGCACUCACUUUAGUUGACAAUAAAAUUAUGAGUUGA